CAGCGAUUAAUACUUGUACACGCAAAUGGUCUUCAAAUGGAAGACACUGCUGCUACUCGUGACAAUACAUUUUGGCGAUGCAGUGCGAGAAAGAUUUUUGCCGUUAAACGUGAAGAAUUCGUCGGAACUUCUUACCGAUUUACUGAUGGGGAUAAUCAUGUGAGAGAAAGUAAUGACGAAAUAAAGACCAUGUUGCAAGAAAAUAUAUUGCUACCAAGAGAUGUCGGAGCAUUGCUGAAAUCAACGCUACUCAUUGAGCCUUUAAAAGAAACAUUCAAGUGUGUUGUGUGUCAAGACAUAAGUGCUUCACCAAUAGCAAUUUCAAUGUGUUGCAAACAAGUACUUGGAUGCUCCACGUGUGUGGAUCAAUGGACUGAAUUACGAUGCCCCCAUUGCCGUAACGGGUUUUACGAGACCGUUACGGUCAAUGUUUUUGAAAAUAUCUUAGCAAUUUUAAACAAUUUGUAAUUUUUUUAUAUGUGCAUUUAACUUUUUUUUCUAAAAAAAAUGUUUCUUAUCCUUACUAUCCUUACUAGUAAAAUUAUUUAAGUUCUUGAAACUGGUGAAUAGAAGCUAUUCUUAUACAAGUGUUCGUUUAUUGUCAAAUGUCUAUGUCACAUCUAUAACUUUGGAAAUAAAUUGUUUUCAUUUUUCACAUUUUUUUUCAUGAAUUAUAAAGGAAGCUCGAACAUAAUUGUUUUUAGAGAGAAGAAAGAUAUUUUUUAUUAAAAGUAAAACAUUGUUAUAUAUUCUAGAUUUUCUUUUUUUAGUUAUUUUUUCUUUUAACUGAAGAAAAAAGAAACAUUAAUAAUUUAACACUAUUUCCGUCUACAUUCAUUUGUUCUGAUUUUCUGAUGUUCUGAUCAUAUUUAGAUUUCCUGAUUUCUAAAUUCAAACCUUAAAGUUUACCUUCCGUGACAAAAAAGGUUUACCUAAAAUGACUUAAAUUAUUGUAACAAUUAGGAAAAACAAAUAUUUGUUUUAGCUAAAAAUUAAAACUUUGCGGCAUAAGUUCUCUGUAAGUUGUAAAAUGUUGUUUGAACAACAAAACCUUUUUAUGCUUUUUUCCUUUACAAAAUUUAUGUCUUUCAAACUAUAUGUUUCAAACUAUAUGUCUUUCAGUGAAAGCAACGAGAAUUUAAUUAACCUGUAUAUUUCAUCGUAAAUAAGAGCGUUGUUUUUUAUUGGCAUGGUGGAGUAGCCGACAAUGAAGC